CUUCAAAAUGGUACAGCGCCUUACAUUUAGGCGACGUUUGUCGUACAACACCAAGUCUAACCAGAGGAGAAUUGUAAGGACUCCUGGAGGACGUCUGGUCUAUCAGUACGUCAAGAAGCCCAAGAAGAUUCCGAGAUGUGGACAGUGUAAAAGCAAACUCAGAGGCAUCCAGCCCGCCAGGCCCGCUGAGCGAUCAAGACUUUGCUACCGGAAAAAGACCGUCAAGAGAGUGUACGGUGGAGUUCUCUGCCAUAAGUGCGUUAAACAACGCAUAGUCAGAGCUUUCUUAAUUGAAGAACAGAAGAUUGUCAAGGUUCUUAAGGCACAGCAAGCGACUGUCAAGUCUGGCAGGAAGGCCGCAAAAUGAACAUUAGGAUGUAAAUAAAAAUAUUAAAACCAA